AGUUUACAAGCUUUAUAUAGGAGUUUAUAAAUAAAUGGUCUCUGUAAUACGUGAUAGUAAAUUCUUAUAUAAAGCUUGAUUAUUGGUGGAUCGAUGGCUCCAUCUGUAGGUCUUAAGAUUACCAACUUUUUGGUACUGUUUAUGAGUUUGGUUCUCACAUAUCAACAAGUGAUACCAGUAUUAGAAGGAAGGAUUACUACGGUGAGUAUAUCAUCGACAGAAGAUGAUUUAGAAAGACAACCAAGUAGGACUCCUGUCAAAACGAUACAUACUCCAUGGGGUGAUAUUUACGACUGCUUUGAAUUCCACAAACAACCGGCAUUUGAUAAUUUUAUAUUAAAGAACCAUAAAACCGAGACGAGAGAAGAAAUGGUUUCCACAUACUUGGAUGAAGUAUCUGGUCUAGUAGAAGGGUGCCCGAAAGGAAUGGUCCCUAUUCGUAGGACAACCAGGGAAGAUCUAGUCAGAGCAAAAUCCUUACUUUCUUUGUCAAAUGCUCCUGGUUCUCAGUUUAGAGCAGGUAUUACUUACGUUGCAAAGGAAGGUGAAACUAUCUAUGGAGCAAUGGGAAGAUAUAAUGUUUGGAAUCCUAGCACAAAACAAGACCAAUUUACUUCAGGAGAAAUGGCUGUUCAAUUUAAUGAGGAGAAUCAGACCACUGUCAUCAAAGUCGGAUGGACUGUGAAUCCCCAGCUGUACGGUGAUAACUUAACUAGAGCUUUUAUAUACUGGACAGCUGAUGGUGCUCAGAAGACUGGCUGUUAUAAUACUCAUUGUCCUGGUUUUAUUCAAGUUCAUUCCAAAAUAACUCCGGACUUACCUUUUGGUACCACAUCAAAAGUGAAUGAAACUCAGAUUACAGUUAAUUUUGAGAUUUCGAUGGAGCAAACAACAGGUGCAUGGUGGUUGGUAGCAGAAGGAAAUGUUUCGAUUGGAUAUUGGCCAAAGGAACUAGUCCCUGCAUUGGGAUCAGGAGCGGGUUAUGUCUACUGGGGUGGUCGUGCACAGGCUAGUGAUGGAGUUGGACCACCAAUGGGCAGUGGUGAACGUUCACUAUCUGUCGACGGUACUAGCGUUAACGGUUAUGUUGACCAACAUAAAAAAAUGUUUGAACAAAAUAGGAAAAGACUGACUAACAUGAAAAAGGUUGCAACAAAAAAUAUACGAUGA